AUGCGCGAGCAACUUCCACUACUGCAACAGCUUCCUCCGGCGCAUCAGUCUCUGCCUCUGCCAUCAUCAUUUCAUGUCCUCGACGCUGGCCUUUGUCGUCGUCCUGCCACAACCCACCACCAACAUCCAAUAAUCCAUCCAAACGACCGGCGUCUUCGCCGAGGGAAUUAUCAUGGCAGCAUAGGUCAUUUGAGGCUGUCGUCGAACGCGACCGGUCAAGGAGACGUUCGGWAUACCGCGGCAGCCAGCCCAAUUCCCACCACUAUCAAUUCUGGAGCCAGACGUACCACAGUACCAGUAAUUCCGCUUCACUCCGACCAACACCAACCACUGGCCACCAUGGCAGACACGAGCACUCGUCACCGGACUCUGGAAAUAGGCCAGCGAAGCAGUCCACCAAAACCAACCGCAUGGCAUGAGACUGUCCAUCGCGAUCAGCUCGUAAGAAUUUACGAUACCGUUGCGGAAGUCACCGCAAGAAAUCCAAAAUAUCCAAAAUGCACCACCUCACAGGUAGGAAGCACACUAAAUGCCAUGUUGAAGCGAUGUCCGGAAUUGGCACAAGGCAAAAUCCCGCUCACACGAGACUGGAUCGAAUAUGUUCUUGGAAAAGCACUACGGUCACCUUUUUGCACUGCAGCUAUGAUGGGCAGAUGGGAAAYUCUGGCAUCGAGCGGAGGAGCACGAGGCAUGUGGGGACCGUGGUGA